AUGCUGGAUCGCUCUCCCCCUCCCCACACACACACACUUUCUGCUCUAUUUCACUGUUGUUUUCCUCCCGCUCUCCUCUCUCUCUCUCACAUCGGCCUGCUUUUUUCUCUCGGGGCGGGAGGGGGGUGCCUUGACAGACGUCUGCACAGAAGCUCAUUGAUGGAGAAGAGGCCCACUAGGCCAGCUGUCGUACCGCCGUCGACAAGUGACCCCUCACGUGACUGCGCAGCACCAGAGUCCUCGCUGCCUUCAGCACUUUUUUCUCUCCCAUCGUGGUGCACGCGGGCAACGCAGCGCCUGUUGCAUGAGCACGCGUACUACGCCGCUGCGCAGCUGCAUGUCGCCCGCGCAGGGCCGACAGCACCACCGUCGCUGUCUACCUCUGCCUCGGCGCUCGAGACCCCAUCGACGCCGUCGCGCUCAGCUAAGCAUUGGCUGACCUGUGCCACCGCAGGAGUUGCGGGCACCUGCGGCGUUAUCGUCGGUGUGCGGUUAAGCCCUUGGCUUAGCCGCCGCGCAACUCGCUUGUACUCGCAACGCGAGGCCAAGUACCGCAAUCCACUGCGGCUGCUGCCUUCUCCUGCUGCAGUCGCGCGGCCGGAGUCGUGGGGGUGGCGGAGUCUCUGGCACCCCUUAGCGCCACCGCGAGGCUUGGAACAUCAGGCCUUGACCGACGCGCGGCGGCCCGACUACGGGCAUCCCGCAGAGUGGUUGGCUGCCUGCAUAGGCUACCGCUGGCUACCGUGGCGCAUCUCGCAGCCCACGCUGCUGAAGCUCUACUCUGUGCGCCAUUCACGGCAGAGCAGCACCGAUCGCGACACUGACAAGGAAGUUCGGUGGGGCACGCGUAUGAUAAACAAAGGCGCACACACCCUGACAAAGCACUCCACCGCCGCAGCAGCAACCAAGCCCACCACCACAUCCCUUAUCCCCUCGGUACUCCUCUUUAUCGUGCGCCUCGCACGUGCACCCUUGCAGAAGUGGCAACCACGACCGCAGCACUUGGUGGACGUCUUCGUCUCCGCUACUUGCCAGAGCACCGAGAAGCCGCCUUCUACCAGUGCGGCGGCUGCGCCGCCGCUACUUUGCCUGCCGCGUCAAGGGUUCGCACUGCUAUACGACCCCGUCGCCCGCCUUUCUGUGUGGUGCGGGUACUACGUCACCCGUGACACGGUCGACCGUGCACGGCGACAGAGUCGCUGCCUCACCUUCUUCACAGACCGUUCACUGGAGAAGACAGUGCGACGGGUGCCGGCAGAGAUGAAGGCACGCGGGUACGAUCGAGGUCAUCUGGCCCCGCAUGCGUCCGUUGCCGCGAGUGCGCAGGCAGCCAUCGAGGCAGCUCUACUGUCGAAUGUGCAACUGCAACAUCACCAGAUCAACCGUGGCGUGUGGCGCUGGCUGGAAGCGGCGACGAGAGCGUACGUACGACAGCUGCCGCUUGCCCUUGCCCCGCGCGCCAUGGCCAGGCAGCAGCAGCCUGUGCGAAAUAAAACGGCAACGGGCGCCGCAGGUGGAGAGACGUCGUCCCCUUCAGACGCCGCAAGCUUCACGCAGGCGGGUCCAACAUCUUCAGCUCCGCACUGCGGCUCUAGUGUAACACCGUGCUGUGGACGUCCGCCGAAAUCGGCGUCAUCUGUCCCCGCGUCGUCGAUUUCCUGUACCCCUACUCGUGGCCAAGCAGCGAAACGAAUCAAUCCUGGAGGCCCACGCCAAGGCCUACUGCGGGACAGUGAGCUCAUCGCCCGCUUGCUCGCCGCUCCCGGCGUUGGAAGCGGCGCUGCCCCGCACUUGAGACUCCACAGAGGUGCCGUGUGGGGAUGUGCGGCACGGACGCUUCGCUAUUGCUGGGCUGGGCAGUGGCGGCGGUGGUGGCGGCACUGUAGUGGUCGUGCUUUGAGUCGCCACUGUGAGCGCGAGGUCGCUGUCAACGUAGGGCCGCUUUACUACAAACAGAGAAACGAUGUGGGACAAGGAGAUCGGCAGUGUUGCGGCACCACGGCACUGAGCACGCCCGCCACCACUGCGAUAUCACCCACUGCCAUCUCACUCUCUCGGCACUGCGGCUCCGGAUCGAGAAAGGUUCAUCAGCGGCGCAGGCGUGGGGACAGAGUCUCGCCUCCAACAUGGUCCUCAUCGCCGUCGCCGCAGUCACUUUUCAUCCCUGAUGCGUUCUUCUUCUCUCUAUGGGACGUGCACACUCACGAACACGUGCACCUGAUCGUGCCAAACCGCCCCGAUGCAGCAUCGAUACAGGCGGUCACUGCGGCCGUGGCGGCCAGGCGUUCGAGGGCAGCGGCGGGGCCCACUGCGUCGAGGCCGCUCCCAUCACAACGUCGACGACACAACGCGACGCCCCCGUCACAACUGCCAUCAGAGGAGGACUUGGAGACGACUCUUCGCUCCCUCGUCGUGCCCACAGUGAAACUGGAACGUCUUUUCGCCGAGUCACUCGUGGAGCUGCGCUCACGUUGCAGGUCGGCUAGCGGGAUGGACGUGGCCAGUCGCAACACCACAAGCAAGGUUGAGCACGCCGCUUCGUCGGUGGCGCUGCGGACGAGCUUCAGCCUCUUUCCCGUCUAUCGGCAGCGAUGGCUGUGGCGGCAGGGCGGCAGUGGUAGUGGUAGUCGCUGA